AUGGUCUCUUCGAUGAUUUAUAAAGUCCUUGAUGUUGAUGGAUCCUUCGGUCACGGCCAUGGAUUGGGAUUGGACACAACCUGGCUCGAAUCAGAAGUCAACUAUCUCGCCUCAUUAGGCUCUCGGCGAACAGGCUCGCCCGCUCAUAAUCAACUCAUCGACCACAUACAAGUCGAACUCGAAACGUUGGGAUUUAAGGUGUUUACCCAGCUUCUCACAUUUGAUUACGAUGACACAUACUCACUUACGCCGGGCAAACUAAGCGUCAAUGGGGAACACUUAACAGUAGCAUCGACCGUGCCGUAUUCUGGACACACUCCAGAAGAUGGGGUCAGUGGACACCUGAUAUCUCUCGGCAACGCUACUGGAGAGCUAGAUUGGGCGAAGGCGACAGGAAAUAUUGCCGUAUUGAACAUUAGCAAUGAGCCCCUCGAUGCGCGAGCGGCAGUGCCGCUUUGGGAAGGCUCGCCAGAUUGGGGAUCGGCAUUCACAGGUGUUCCAAGUACUCCGGCAAAUACGAUCGUAACGGGCCUCGAGUUAGCCCGAGAGGCGGGAGUUAAGGGUAUCGUAUAUUGCUGGGAAAAUAUUUCAGAUGCAUUGGCUUCACGGCUGUACGCGCCAUUUCACACCCCCUGGUUCGACAUUCCUGCACUCUUCGUAUCCGGUGAGACGGCAAAGGCUGUACGUCUCGCUGCCGAUGCAGACGCUGUAGCCACCCUUACUCUAACCGGGAGAUUGAUUCCCGACACACCGACAAGAAAUAUUUGGGUUGUGGUGCCCGGAACCGAGACCCCGGAUGAGUCCGUCAUCCUAAGCACGCACACAGACGGAACCAACUUAGUGGAAGAGAACGGCCACCUCGCGAUUAUCAAUUAUGCAAAGAUCUUGGCAGAGCAUCCGCCUAAGCGGACUCACAUCCUAUUAUUUGUCACGGCACACAUCCACUCGGCGCCUUUUUCCAACACGAAACGCUCCACCACGCGCUGGCUGCUAGACAAUCCAGAAGUGUGGAAUGGCUCCUCCCCCGCCGUAUUUGCUACAUGUGUUGAACACCUCGGCGCCGUAGCCUGGAAGGAGGACGUUCGGGAAAAUACCUAUGUUUCUACGAAUGAACCACACGAAGAGCUACUCUACGCUGCGACUCCUGAACUCGCCUCGCUGCUCUACCAGAAUUGGAACGGCGCCAUCCCCCACCUAAUUAGGGUUGCAAAUCCUAACAAAGGGCCACAGCUGCAGCCCGGGAAGGGCUACCGCUUUGGCAAGCGGGGAUCCCGGAGGUAUCCCUAA